AUGAGUAAUGAAAAUGGUGAACCUGAGAAUCCUAAUUCAAUUGUUGUUGUAGGAAGUGAAAACAAUUCUAGUGAAAAAGGAAACUCUAACGAUAACAAAAAAGAAAAAAUUAAAGGUGGUUUGGUAAAUAAAAUGUUUCCUGGAAAAAAAAGAUAUGUUAUAUUAUGUGUAUCUAUCAUUGGAUUGUCUUCACUUUUCUCAAAUAUUUUUACAAUUGGUUUUGGACUUCGUUGUAUGACAGAAGAAUUUUUUCAUUAUGAAGAAUUUAAUGUUUCAUUAGGUUUAGAUAUCUUUGAAAAGAUUGAUUUUAAUUCAGUUGAUAUAGAUAAUUUACCAAAAAUUAAUCUUUCAUUACCAACAAUAACAACUACACAAGCUAGUUUUUUUCCUGAUUUUAAAUUUGAAAUUAAAACACCAUCUGUUGGAUUUAAUAAAGAAACUUUUAAACUUAUGACUGAUCAUCCAGAAGUUUUUCAAAAAAUAUUAAAAACUAUUGUUGUUGAGGGAUCAAAAUUGGCUGUUGACAUGACUGCUAAAGCACUAGAUCCAAGAAAAAUUGACUGGAGUAAUUUAGCUAAUGGUUUUAAUUUAACUAAUUUUGAUCCAAGUGUUGUAAGACAAUUUAAAGAUUAUGUAUCAAAACAUAUUGAUUCAUUAAGACAAUUUCAAAAAGAUGCUAAUAUUACAUAUUUAAGACCACCAAAGAUUGAAGAUAUUACUAUUGAUAAAGUUAACUGGAGAGGAGAUGUUAAUGGAAGAAUUAAAAUUAUUGAUAAACUUCCUUCAUUUAUUUUUUCAGAAUAUGAAAAACAUCUUAUACUUGGUUCUGUUGGUCUUGGUGUUUUAUUAUUUUUUUAUCCAAUAUCUAUAUUAUUAAAAAAACUCGGUGUCCGAAAAACAGUAACAUUAUGUUGUUUAUUAUCAGCUUUCUUUAUUGCUUUAUUUCCAAUAAUGGCUAGAAUAAAUAUAAUUGGUAUAAUAAUAAUUCAAAUAUUAUUAGGAGGUUGCUUUUCAUGUACAUUUCCAUCAUUGGCACUUAUUACAGAAUCUUGGGCAACACUUUCAGAAAGAAAUCUUUUUUAUCCCCUUUUAACAUUAUGUUUUCCAUUAGGAGCUUUUACAGCAUAUCCAUUUGGAGGUUUAUUUUGUUCAACAACUUUUGGUUAUGAAAUAAUGUUUGGAUCAUCAAGUAUAUUAACAUUAAUAACAACAAUCUAUUUCUGGGUAACAUAUAGAAAUUCUCCUGGUGAAUCAACAUUAAUAACAGUAACAGAACAAAGAUUAAUUGAAAAUGGAAAACCAAUUGAUGGUAGAAGAAAACAUAAUAAAGAAAAAAUACCAGCUAAAGAGAUAAUUAAUGAUUGGCAAACAUUAACAUUAAUAAUAUCAAUAAUAACAACUUUUGCCAUUUAUAAUUUAAUAUUUAAUGUUACACCAAAUUAUCUAUUUACAGGUGAUGGAAAUUGUAAUAUAUUAACAAGUUUGGUAUAUUCUUUAAUUGCAUUAACAAUAUAUAUUUGUUCUAUGUAUACUUUUAACAAACCAGAACUUAUAGGAAAAGAUUUGGAACCAACAAAAAGAAUAAAAAUAUUAUUAUUAUUUACCUUUAUUAUUAUUGGUUUGAUAAUAAUUUUCAUAUCAAUUGAUUUCAUAGUCAUUGAUUCAGUUAAAAUUAUUUUAAUGUUUAUCAUAGGAAUUUGUAUAUCUUUUAAUGGAUCAACAUUUUUAAGAUGUAUAACAGAAAUAUCAAGACAAUAUCUUUAUUUUGUUUCUGUAUUAUUACAAUUUGGUAGUGGUAUAGGAUUAAUUAUUGUUGAAAUUCUUUUCUUUAUUGUUGGGGAUAUAAAUUAUUUAUAUUUGGUUGUUGGUAUUUUAACUAUUAUUACUGGAACCAUUGGGUAUCUUAAAUUGAUUUAUGAACCUGCACAUUUUACUAAAGUUGAAAAUACAAGAUUACCAAAAGGAGAUUCAGAAUUGUCUAAAGCUAUCAUUAAGAGUGAAAUUGAAGACACAGUGUAA